CCCUGCCUUAGGCUGAUGAUAAGGUGCCAGGGAGUACAGCAAAAGCAGAACGAUGGCAGAAGCCGCUCCAGCCGCCGCCCCGCCGGCCAAAGCUCCCAAGAAGAAGCGCGCCGCCCCGCCCAAGAAAGCCGGCCCCAGCGUCGGCGAGCUCAUCGUCAAGGCUGUUUCGCAGUCUAAGGAGAGGAGCGGCGUGUCUCUCGCCGCCCUCAAGAAAGCUCUGGCUGCCGGCGGUUACGACGUGGACAAGAACAAAUCCCGCGUCAAGAUCGCCGUCAAGAGCCUCGUGACGAAGGGCACUCUGGUGCAGACCAAAGGCACCGGCGCCUCGGGCUCCUUUAAGCUCAACAAGAAACAAGCCGAGCCCAAGAAGAAGGUGGCAAAGAAAGCGGCUCCAAAAGCCAAAAAGGCGCCCGCUAAAAAGCCCGCCGCUGCUAAGAAGCCCAAGAAGGUAGCAGCGAAGAAGCCCGCAGCUGCUAAGAAAUCGCCGAAGAAAGCCAAGAAACCGGCGGCCGCCAAGAAAGUCGCUAAGUCUCCCAAGAAAGCUAAGAAGCCCGCGGCCCCGAAGAAGGCGGCCAAGAGCCCGAAGAAAGCGAAGGUGGUCAAACCCAAAGCUGCCAAGCCCAAGGCGGCGAAAAAGGCCGCCCCCAAGAAGAAGUAAACGUGCUGUUAUUAUAUCUCACAUUUUCCCCGCUGAAAACGGCUCUUUUAAGAGCCCCCCCACAUUUCCCACUCAAAGAGUUCGGUUUUCUUUCGCCGUCCACAAAGUCAUUGUUUCUUCAUAAGACAAUCGUUUAUUAGUCCCACAGCAGGGAAAUUCUCCGAGAUACAACAGCGAGGCAAAAGAGAAGUACGAAGAGAAUAAUAAUUAAAGUAAUUAACUUUAAGUACUUAACAAGGUUUUUUACAGGUGACUUGUUACUGUAUAGACAACAUAAAAAACUAAACAUUAAAAUUAAACUAAAUCAAAUAAAUUAACUAUAUUCUUAAUAAGAACGGGGACAAAACGCUGGGCGGUAGGCGGGUCCUAGAGCUUGGCUGGUCAGUGUGGGGAGAUUGGCUGUGCAAUGUGUCGUUAAGUGGAGCUGCUAUGUCACCACGAAAACGUGCCCAUCUGCUGGCUGUGAGGAAGAUGAGACUAUUGAACACCUGUUACUUCACUGUAAUCGAUCUGUGGUUCUGUGGAAAAGACUAAAAGCUCUCGAUGUCAAGUUUGAUAUAAAUGUUAAGACUAAUUUUUGGUAUUUUUGAGGAACUUUGAAGGACUUUUAUUGGUUGAUUGUGUUACAAACUGUAAACUUUGGAAAACGAGGUGUAAAAUUGUAACACAACAGAUUCAAAUCCCUGCGGAAGUUUUUCAACAGAUAACGUUUGAACUGAAACGACUGCGAACCAUGGAUAGAAAAUCUAAAUAUCGUUGGACUUAUAAUUCUCUCAUUUAAAUUCAUAUUAAGUUUGUGUGUGUAAUUGUA